CGAAACACAAGGAUGGUUUUCUGAGUUCAGGAUUUCAGUGUCUUUUCUGAAGGUACUGAAGCAUCUGCUACCCAGUGCUUUGGUGAAUGUAUCAUGUGGACUUUCCUGGCCUCACAUGAGACUGGAGUUCUUCACUAAAGAUGGAUGAUUUCGCUUUACUUGACCUGUUGGAAUGUCCUGUGUGCUUUGAAAAGCUAGAUGUCACAGCCAAGGUGCUACCAUGCCAGCAUACCUUCUGCAAGCCUUGUCUACAGGGAAUAUUGAAAUCUCAAAAUGAGCUGAGGUGUCCAGAGUGCAGAACUCUAGUCUUCUGCAGUAUUGAAGAGUUACCAUCCAACUUGCUUCUAAUUCGCUUACUGGACGGUGUCAGAUAUGGACAAAAUGUUAUGAGGUUUGGCUCAGUCCAAAGAUCUCGGGUCCUGACCUCUCCUGCCUCAAUCAGGAGAGACAGGGGAGACCCAAGAGGUUUACAACUUAAUCAGUACAGGCUGGCACCAAAUCCCAGGAUCCAGGUGGAAGGGGUUCCCCGGGCCAGAGCCCUGUACAGCUACAGAGGACAAAACCCUGGUGAACUGAGGUUCAAUAAAGGGGACAUCAUCAUAUUGCACCAACAGCUGAAUGAAAAAUGGUACCUGGGAGAGAUCAAUGGGGUCAGUGGCGUUUUCCCAACCAGCUCAGUGCAGGUUAUCAAACAACUUCCACUGCCACCACCCUUGUGCAGAGCACUUUACAACUUUGAUCUGAGAGAGAGAGAUAAAAAUGAAAAUAAGGACUGCCUGACAUUUCAUAAGGGUGAUAUCAUCACAGUGAUUAGCCGAGUUGAUGAGAACUGGGCAGAGGGCAAGUUAGGUGAUAAAAUAGGGAUCUUCCCCAUCCUGUUUGUGGAGCCAAACAUGACUGCAAGACAACUCCUACAGACAAAGAAAAGCCAUCGAUCCUCCCCAUUUAAAUAUUCAUCACCCUUAAGGACAGCCUCUCCCAGAGCAAAAGGCACAGAGUCACCAAACUUCCGCAAGGUAUCAGAAUCUAGGAGGAAGAGCCUGAGACCAUUCUCUAUCACGAGCGCCUUGAAUUCACUCAACAGGAUGGUCCACUUACCCACAGAGCGGCAGACACUGGAAAUCAGCUCUCCAGUGCUCAUCAGCUCCAGUAAUCCGACUGUGGCAACCCAGAGCAGUGAGAAAGUAGAAUUCCCAUAUGGCACCCCUGUCCAGGUCAGCGCUUCUUAUUAUACUGCACCAGGAUCCCUGGGGCACUCAACUGCCAUCGUCACCCUUCCCCAUCUUCAGCAACACAUAUCAGCUAAUAUGUGCGUCGCUCUACACUCCUACACUGCUCAUGGACCAGAGGAGCUGGAUUUGCAGAAGGGAGAAGGUGUUCGUGUUUUCGGGAAGUACCACGAAGGCUGGCUCAGGGGGAUGUCAUUGGUCACUGGAAGAGUUGGGAUCUUCCCCAGUAACUAUGUCGUCCCCCUUUUCAGGAAGUCACCCAAUUUCACUGAAUCCAGGAUGCCUUCUCUGAAUGCCACUUGGACGUUAUCCACUGCCUCACUCUCCUCCCAGGGGAGCAUCUCAGAGAAUGGCCCAAGGCAAAGCAGGCCUUUGAAAUCAGCCUUCAUGCCCACGGUGCUGAACUCGCCACUGAGAAACGUAGCUGUGCCGACCACCUCAGGACAAACAUCAUUGAGGCGAGGACGUGGCAGUACUAGGAAGAAUGGAUCACUGCAGAGACCUGUGCAGCCCAGAGCUCUCACUCAGGCUGUUGGCUCCCUCAGUCGCGCUCCAGCUGCCACAGUGUGGCCCCAGCAACUUCAACUUUACCAGCAUGUCUCCUCUCAGCCCCAUGGCACCCCUGGCAUGGCGGACCCAGGAGCCAGGCCAAGCGCCUCCCACGAUGCUUCAUUGCUGCUUGUGCCCAGGGGGGGUGAAAGCAGAUCUCCUUCUGUAUGUAGCUCAGUGAUCCUGGAUGCCAAAGAAUCCCCAGCAAAAAGUGAACCGGCUCCAAAGCCACCUCCAUCAGCUCCACCCUCCAUCCUGGUGAAACCAGAUACCUCCCGGAACAGCACCGAAAAGCAAGUGAAAACAGUGAGAUUUCAGAACUACAGCCCACCUCCGUCCAAGCGACAUAGCUCACAGCCAUCACCAAACCAUCCAGGUGGCAAAACUGAGCAGGGCGCAGACACAGAGGCAGCCCAGCCAGAAGCAAACACCCUGGGCCCUGACAUGACAGCUUUCUAUUCACACCGAGUCAGCUCCAGCCCAGUGCAUCCGAGGAGGACACUUCACCCAAAGACAUCAUCGCUGGAUCUUUCUGCCCCGGCGGGGCAACUGACCUUCCCUAUCAAAAAGAACUACAGCAGCGUUUCUGAGAACUGACAGGUUUUUCCCAUUUAAUUGCUUUCCUUUUCAAAUGGGGUUUUCCCCUCUGUGAUAAAACAAGCCCCCUACAGACCUCACACCAACCUGCCACCACUCCCACUUCUCCUUACAGGAGCUUGAGAUCCAGUCAGGAACUUACCAGAUCCCAGUUCCAUGGGGAGCAAGGCCUCCUUCAGGCACUCACAAUAUCUGCAGCUGCAGGUGGCCAGCCAGUAACUUGGGGGUCUCUGUGGAAUUGGGAUGGGGUCAGCAACUCUCUAUAAUCUUAUGGUAGAGUCUCAUUUUAAAUGUAUAUGACCCACAUCCAUCUGUAUGUCAUGGCAAUGCAUCCAAUGUCAUCAGCACACACUGCCCCAGUGAGGAGAUGCAAGGACCACAGAUCAACAUGGAAUGGGUUUGCGGUCCCCACAAAACCAGUGUUCUCUGGUAUCCUCCAAUAUCUUGCAGCCAGCCUUAUAGAAAAGUGGAAGAGGGAAGGAGUGUGCAUAUAUCAGAAAUAGUUAAAUCUUUUUGGUCUCCUCUCUGCUAUGAAAGCCCAUAGAGAUCAAAACUCUGGUUCAUUACCUUUCUCAGCUCUACAGGAUAAAGGAACCAUAAAUCAAAUUCAGGCAGUUCCUGGAUGAAUUUUCAAGUUCACCUUCGAUAGGUUUUUGCUUCAGUUUUUGAGCCUGAGAGUAGAGGUAAUUUUCUGGGGAGAUAACCCUGCCCUGCAAUCAGUACUAAGCUGCAGCUGUUUAUGACAGUCAUUGAGUCCUUGCAGUCAUGUGAUUUGGAUCUUGCUUCUGCUGAUUGGUUGGGUUUUUUUCUGAUUUUUGGACAGUAUAGGCAGCACCUGCUAGAUGCCUGUGAUUCAGCUGCAAUGCCAUUUCCCCCUAUUUAAAUCCAAAAUGGAUUUUUAAAAAUCCAGGUCCAUAUUGAGGUUCGUGAUGUCUAGGUAUGCAGCAAAGACCCAAAUGUGAAGGGCUAAGUGACUAAGGAUACAUAUAAUAUAUUUUGCAACCCUUUCACAAUAACAGGGUUUGGUAUUAAACAGGAAGGUGGGUGUAUUUUGUAGCUGGAAAGGGUUGGACAAAGACAACAGAACCAGUCUUUAGAGCUGUCACUUUAAAGUACAUCCACCCCCACUUUGAUCUCCUCACAUCAGUAUCUCUCUCUAUAUCUUGGGUAUAUUUAGGAUACCUAUCACCAUGGCAUCAAAGCACUGAAACACCGUGCACAAAAACUCUGAUUGAGAUAUCUCCUGGCCCAAAAUAACUACAUGCUAUUUUACCAAAGUGCCAAUUUCACUGUCAGUAUUUCCUUUCCCUGUCACUGCUCAGGACUCAAAGCAUGUGUGUGUUUGUAAGCAAAAAGUCCCCUCCUUUUCGAUCAGCCUGAUUCUGCUAGUGCUGUCACGAUGCAAUGGGAACAAGGUCCAAGUUCACAAGAGUUUCAAUCAUGAUGAAUAUGUGGCACUUGUUUGGGUGUAUGCACCAUUCCAUAUUCAGUAUCAUAUAAUGGAUAGUUGUGUGGCUUUGCAAACUCGUGUUUUCCACAGGUGAUAUGAAACCUCACUCAUCUCACUGUAUCUUAUCAUUCACAUGGAGAGAGGUGGUUUCUUCAUGAAAGGGAAGCUCCUGAACUGAUGCUAAUACAAGCUGGAUCUGGCUAGUGUAGGUAUAGUUUUGAGGAAGGACUUUAGUGGUUUAUUCAAUUGUAAUGGUUUGAUUUUCAGAAGCGCUGCCGAGCACCUGCAGCUCUCACUGAUAUAUCCAUGGGAGCUGCAGAUGCUCCACAUCUCUGAAAAAUCAGGGCACAAAAAAAAUCAUGUUACCAAUAUUCAUGCCUUUGCAUGGAUGGCAGGACUCUGGAAAGGGAGAAGAGAAUAUAGCUUCACCACAGUUGCACAGAUUUCUAGCUGGGUACCUAAUGUUGUAUCCCCAGAAUGAACAGCGUUCUGUUAUUAAUAAUUAAUCAUUCCCAUAACCUCUUUCCGCCUGAAUGGAGUCUCUUGUGGGAAAAUCUGCCCCAGCUACAGAUUAACCUUACAAGGUGACUUUACCUCAACAUAUGUUUCGGUCUGAAGACACUGGUGAAUUAGUGUGUUGCUUCCUUUCUGUUCUCCUUCUUUAAAUCUCUCUUUGCACGCACACAGUUCUAAAGUGCCUGUCGAGUUUACAAAACUACUGAUGGGCUCUCCUUUGCUCUUUCACCCUGGUCUUUUGAGGUUCUGAAAUUACAACACCUUAGCCUUUUAAACAGGGGUUAAUUGCCAGUAAUCCGAGAGGAUCUUUAUUGGAGCUGCCCGAGGCUUCUCAAUCUAUCACAUCAGGCUUGGCUGUUGAUAAAUGUGGGGUGUCAUGAGUCAUGCACCAGGCAAAAUUGGAAUUGACAGCCUCAAACCUGACUGGGUUUUUUCAGCUGAAAUGCCGGGAAAGGCAUCAGCCAUCAGUAACAUUCUAUAUAGAAUCAUUCUGUCCAUCUAGCGUAAAGACAUAAUGUGUGUGUAUGAACAAAACACCUUGAUCCCACUAGUUCAUGAUGCAACAAGCUUUUAAGUCUAAAUAGAGUGUCUCCUUUACAAUAUUCCAUUUUGUUCCAGCACUUGCAUUCAGCACUUUAGGAAUCGAAUCUCUCCAUCGUCAGUGGACAUAGCUGUCUUUCUCUCUCUUUAACUUCCUCCUAUGGACUUGAGGAAGCGUUGAGUGAAAUGCGUGCAUUGGAAGAAAACUGAAAUGCCUGCUCCAAGUCCUGCCAUACUGGCAAAGAAGCGGAAGUUUAACUCCCCACCUUACAAAGAAUAGCUGCCAUUGUAUAUCGUUUCAGAGUGAUAGUCGUGUUAGUGUGUAUCAGCAAAGAACAGGAGUACUUGUGGCACCUUAGAGACUAACAAAUGUAUUUGGGCAUAAGCUUUCGUGGGCUAAAACCCACUUCAUCAGAUGCAUGGAGUGGAA